CUCAACGCGUCUCUGCUGUCAUAUUCAAGAUUCAAGGUCCCCUGCAUAUCAUUCCUUAUCUCUAGACAUCUUUUUUUUUUCUUGUUAGAAUUAUCUCUUCUGAUCUACAUCUUUUGUUCGUCACACAUUACACAUCAUGGCUCAAUCACUUCCUGCUAUGAAGACGAACCCCAAGUUCAUCUUCUUCACCGACUUUGAUGGAACCAUCACCCUCUUUGACAGCAAUGACUUCAUGACCGACAAUGUGGGCUUUGGCUACGAGAAGAGACGUGAGGGCAACCUCAACGUUCUGAACGGCACCGAGAGCUUCAGAGACUCCUUCAAGCGCAUGAUGGACAGCGUCAAGAUGCCAUACGACGAGUGCAUCAAAUACGUCUCAGAAAAUGUAAAGCUCGACCCCGGCUUCAAUGACUACCUUCAAUGGGCCAUUGCAAACAACAUCCCUACCGUCGUCUUGUCAUCUGGUAUGGAGCCCAUCAUCCGCGCCAUCCUCGAGAAGUUGGUUGGUGAGAACGCAAAGCACAUUGAUGUCAUCUGCAACAACAUCCAAGCUAGACCCGGCAAGCAGGUCAACGAGGAAGGUGGUUGGGAACUUGUUUACCAUGACGACUCGCACUUUGGUCAUGACAAGAGCUUGACUAUUCGUCCUUAUGCUCAGUUGCCUGCUGAGGAGCGCCCUACCCUUUUCUACGCCGGUGAUGGUGUCUCGGAUUUGAGUGCUGCCAAGGAGACUGAUCUCCUUUUCGCAAAGUCUGGACAUGAUCUCAUCAACUUCUGUGUCAGAGACAAGAUCCCCUUCACCGUCUUCGAGGACUGGAGCCAGAUCAAGGCAAAGGUUCAGGAAGUUGUCGCCGGCAAGGUCACCGUACAAGAGGCUGCCAAGCAGGGUGUCGAGGCCUACGAGAAGGGCCAAGCUGGUGUCAAGCCCACCGUUUAGAUCGACCAUUGCGACGGUUACUCUGAUCUUUGUGAUAGAGUUGAGAACAAAAAAGUAUAUAGGACUAGAUCAUGCAGG